AUGCAACAGCUUCUUCGUGGUCUGGAGCAUUGUCACAGUCGUGGUGUUAUGCAUCGUGACAUAAAAUGCUCAAAUCUUCUGCUUGACAGUAAUGGCAAACUGAAGAUUGGUGAUUUCGGGCUAGCAACUUUGCUUCCGCCAUCUCAAGGGCAGCCUUUAACGAGUCGGGUGGUAACCUUGUGGUACAGACCACCUGAACUUUUACUUGGAGCUACAGAUUACGGAGUUACUGUGGAUCUGUGGAGUGCUGGAUGUAUUCUUGCACAGUUGUUUGUUGGGAAGCCUAUUAUGUCUGGACGAACAGAGGUAGAGCAACUACAUAAAAUCUUCAAACUUUGUGGAUCUCCUUCUGAAGAAUACUGGAUGAAGUCAAAGCUACCUCACGCAACAAUUUUUAAACCUCAACAUGCUUACAAACGUGCUGUUUCUCAGAUAUUCAAAGAUCUUCCUUCAUCUACACUGAGCCUCUUGGAUGUCCUUCUUGCGGUAGAAUCGAACAAUCGAGGAACUGCAUCUUCAGCGCUUCAACAUGAGUUCUUUACAACAAUGCCACUUCCUUGUGAUCCAUCAUCUUUGCCAAAGUACCCACCGAGUAAGGAGUUUGAUGCUAAAAUUCGCCAAGAGGAAGCUAGAAGCAAGCAAAUAGCACCAAAUAAAGGACAUGGACAUGAAUCAGUUGGGAGUAGUUUUAGAGACUCUAAAGCUGUGCCAAUACCUAAUGCGAAUGCUGAGUUUCAGGCAACUUUGGCGAGACAGGGACGGUCUUAUUCUAAGCGCGUCACUGAGAAGUACAAUCCCGAGGAUGAUGGCGGUUAUGGCUUCACUCGUGAACCUGUAAAGUCAAGAGUACUCAAUGUAUUAUCUCAUUCUGGCCAGUCAAUGCAUCCAAGUGUUUAUGGAUCACGCAAUAUGAAUUUGGAAGAGGAAGAUGUCCUCAUAUACCCUGAGCAUAGCUAUAUAUCAAGAAAGUCCGAGUUGAGAAAACAAAAUUCCCGUUGGCAAGGUAGCAUUGCAAAAUUGUCAAGAUUUUCUAAUUCAAUUGCACUUCGAGGUGAUUCACUGCUUGAUAUGAGUGGUGACUUAAGUGUGAAUUUGCAGUUGCCAGAAGAUCAAUUUGGCAUGAGAUAUAGCCAUGCGGCUGAUGGUGAGUCCAACCAACCGUUGGAUGGACUUUCAUAG